AUUGACUGUGGCUUCUACAGAAAUUCAGAUCAGCCUUUUAGCAUUAUCUCUCAUCAACCCAGGUACUAUCUCCUAUCUCUAGCAACUCUCAUCUUUGUUUCUCACUACCAUUUAACUUCAUUAGUCAACCACAAAGUCAAAUUUUGGAUCCUUUUAAUUUUGUAUUUACUUAUCUUUGUUCAUACUUGGUAGUUGAUACCAAUUUGUGCUUAGUCAUUGAACUGUUCUAAUCCAUAACUUAGUCCCAAUUUCUUUCAUACCCACAACCUGUUCCUUCAUUUUUUCUGAUGUAUCCUGUUCUUGUUGAUCCUGAAUUGCUUUCCAACUUCUCCAACAUUCAAAACUUUGUUAAUGGAAUCACCCAAGAUGAGAUCUUUGCUAAUGGAAUUACCCAAGAAGAGAUCUUUGGAAAUGGAACCACCCAUGAUGAAAUCUUUGGAAAUGGAAUGACCCAAGAUGAGAUCUUUGGAAAUGGAAUCACCCAAGAUGAUUUAUUUCAAACCCAUGAUUUAAUUGUUCAAAAUAUACCAUCAAGUGACAUAAACCCUGAUUCAGUAGAUGUGCCUGAUUUUUCUGAUGCUUGUAUAAAGUUUUUGAGUGAUAUUUUAGAAGAGGAUUUGGAUGAAAUUCCUGCUACUGUACAUGAUUAUGGGGCUCUUAAAGCCACUGAGAAAUCUUUAAUUGAUGCUUUGAGAGAGGAUUAUUCAUUUUCUGAUAAUCCUACAUCCUCUUUAGAUCAAAGUAUUCAGUACCCUGAUGGUAGUUCUUUGAAUAGAAAAUCAGAUAUCAAUCAUGGGAUUGAUGGUUAUUUCAAUAGUAAUACUUCUACAAGUUUUGAGUCCAAUUGGGUGCAAAAUCAAACACAAUUAAAGCCUUUUAUAAGCUUAAGUGAUCUUUCUAACUCAACUUUGGAAGUGAAAUCCCAAUCCUCGGGUUCGUGCAAUAGUGAUGGUUGCACAAAUGGGUCAGCAACCUCUCCUAGUAGUACAUUGACAUCCGCAGUUCCUGAGAAACGAGAUAAGGUGGUUAGUCGAUCGAGGAAAAAGAAGAAUCUACGAAGGGACGAUGGUGCUAAUGAAGGAGGAAGAAGUAAUAAGCAACAAGCUUCUUCUAAUGAAGAUUAUGUUGAGAUGAAACAGUAUGAUGAUAUACUUUUAUGCAGGGAAGUCAAAGAUGGUAUUGUUUUGAUUAAUAAUGAAGUAGCCAAGAAGGCACAAGGAAAAGACUCCAAGAGUAAAACGACUCGUGGGAAGAAGCACACUAAAGCUGUAGAAGAGGUAGAUUUAAUGACUCUUCUCACUCAUUGUGCUCAGGCAGUUGCGAGCUUCGAUCUUAGAGCUGCAAACGAGAGGCUUAAGCAAAUUAGGCAGCAUUCUUCACCUUAUGGUGAUAGCAUUCAGAGGCUUGCACAUUAUUUUGCUAAUGGUCUUGAGGCGCGCCUAGCCGGCACUGGUUCAACUGUAUCUGGCAAUGUUGUUGAUGCACGAAUUUCAUCAUCGGAUUUCUUGAAAGCUUACCGGUUCUAUGUUUCAGCGAUUCCUUGCAAACGGAUGUCUUUUUUCCUUGCUAAUAAUACCAUUAUAACGUUGGCUGAGAAAGCAACAAGAAUCCACAUAGUUGAUUUUGGUGUAUUAUUGGGUUUGCAAUGGCCUUGCCUCAUACAAAAUCUUGCAAAAAGGCCUAAUGGUCCAGUUAAACUUCGGAUUACAGGAAUAGACUAUCCGCAGCAAGGAUUUCGACCAUCUGAAAGGGUUGAGGCAACAGGGCGUCGUUUGGAAGGUUAUUGUGAGAGAUUUAAUGUGCCUUUCCAGUAUCAGGCAAUCGCGAAAAAAUGGGAUAGCAUAAAGUUGGAAGAUAUAAAGAUUGAACCCGAUGAACUUGUAAUUGUCAAUUGUAUGUUUCGGUCCGGACAAUUACUUGAUGAAACCGUAGAGGUGGGCAAUCAAAAGGAUGCUUUCUUGAAGUUAAUCAAACAGUUAAAUCCAUCCCUUUUCAUUCAUGGGGUUGUCAAUGGAACGUACAAUGCUCCAUUCUUCAUCACUCGUUUCAGAGAGGCGCUCUUUCACUACUCAUCUAUAUUCAAUAUAUUUGAUGAAACUAGUACUCGUGAAGAACAUGAACGCCUUCUGAUUGAAAGUGAGAUGUUUGCAAGAGAAGCAUUGAAUGUGAUAGCAUGUGAGGGUGCUGAAAGGAUUCAAAGGCCUGAAACAUACAAACAAUGGCAAGUAAGGACAGCAAGGGCUGGAUUCAAGCAGCUUCCUUUAGAUAGGAAGCUUUUGGGUAGAGCAAAGGCUAUGGUGAAAGCUAAUUAUCACAAGGAUUUUGUCGUGGAUGAGGAUCGACAUUGGAUGCUCCAAGGUUGGAAAGGAAGAACUCUCUUUGCUCUUUCCAUUUGGCAACCGUGCUGAAAACGACCUCCAUAGUUUAAGAUUGUGUAAAAUAUAGCUUGGUGCGCUUCGACCCCCUCCCCAGUUUGUAUUUCAGUGAUCAUAAAAUUUUGUGACUAAUAUUUUCUUGAUCUGUAAUGAAAUCACUUAUGAACUUGAUCGUC